AUGGUCACAGAAGGACAAUUCCUAGAAGCGAGUGAGGCGUUCUUUGACGCUUUCGCCUCCGACACACCCCCUCUCAAGCUGCUGUCCUAUUUUUCAACCACUUCGCCCGUCACCAUCCAGCACGCUCCUGCCGAGUGUCCAAUACCCCAGGCAUCAAGGCUAGUAGGACCUAAUGCGCUACGCUCCUAUUUUGACCUGCUAUCAACCCACUUUCUGCGUGGCCCCGUACACGCUCGGGCACCACCGCAGGUCGAUCCGAGUGCCCGACGGGUCACGCUGGCUGCUAGCACGACCUGGACAUGGAGGAAGAGUGGGCGAGCGUGGACCGAAGACUUUAUAUGGACUCUGGAGUAUGAUGAGGGCCUCAAGAUCGUUAGUUUCGUCAUCCGGACGGUGUCAGGCCCGGGGACGUGCGUGAUGCGCGCGGUCGACGCCGACCCGCUGAUGAGGGGCAACGCCACGACGCGCAAGGCCUUUAGCGACCAGCAAGAUGGUGUCGCAGCACCUCGGGCUCUGAGGAAGCAAUUUCAACGCCAAUCAGUUCAGCCCGAGGUUGCCGAAACCGUCGUAUUUGUGUGGCGCAGCGAUCGGGCAAAGAGUGCUUCACGUACGGAUACCCCGCCUCUGAAGUGA